AUGAGCAACAUUGUUGGGUUUGCUAGUGACAACUGCGCAACUAUGAUGGGAGUGAAUUCUGGUUUUCAAGCCCGCCUGAAAGAGGAUGUUCCAGGUGUGUUUAUUCUUGGGUGUGUAUGCCACUCGUUUGCACUGUGUGCAAACCAUGCAAGCAAUCAUUUACCAUCCUGGUUAGAGGCCUUCGUUAAAGAUGUGUGCUGCUAUUUUUCACGAAGCAGCAAACGCCAACACCAAUUCAGUUUGAUCCAAGAUGUUGUGAAUGCGCCACACCACAAAAUAACGAAGCUAUCACAGACAAGAUGGUUGUCGCGUGGCCAAGUCCUGAAGAGGAUAAUUGAACAGUGGGGAGCCCUGGAACUCUUUUUCUUACCGGAAGCAAAAAGUAAUAACAUCGAUGGGGCUAGCAAAAUCUACGAUAGAAUGACGUAUGUAGGUACCAAGCAUAUGCUGCUUUUCCUAAGCUAUAUCAUAGCGAAAGUAGACAGACUCAACGUUGAAUUUCAAGCAGAGACGUUCAAACUCCACACACUAUACAAGUCGGUAGCUGAUGAGUACAGAAUUAUUUUGGCCAUGUUUGUCAAAGACGACAUCAUACAGACAGUUCCGAUCAGCGACAUAGAUCCAUCAGAUCCACGUGUACAUAUGCCAAUUAAAGAUGUCCAUGUUGGAGGCAGGUGUCAAACAAUGCUUGUAAAGAAGCCACUGCAUCAACAAGAUGUACGCUUCAGGACUGCAGAGACUUUUUAA